GUGACAAAAGGGCGUGGAAAGUAGGUAACGCUAGUGACUGAGAGGGGGGAAACUGCAUGUUUUUAUCUUCGGGCGAGUGGCCCUUAAUAAUUCAACUGACCCCCUUUGGUCUGUUAGCAUAAUUAGGUAGGUAGGGGCACGAAUUCAACGAGCUUCUAGGUUGGUAUGCGGCUGUUCUUAAGAUCUGAGCAGUGCAAGGUACGAAUACAGGUAAGGUCAUUACGAAGUUCGCCUCCCAGCCAAUAAGGACUCGAGAAAAAGUUCCCUCCCAGAAAUAUCUUGGCAUUACUAAUCCGUCCCUGUCAGCGCACAACGCGCCGAUGGACAUGGACGCAUUCGCCAGUCAACAUUUAUCCACCUUCGCCUCUUCACCGGAACCUCGUCCACUCAACGUCAGGAAAAGGUUCCAAAAUCUAACCCAUUGCAUUCCCGAGGGUAAACCGCGGCGAUGAAGUUUGCAGUACUGGCUCCUCGGCCCCAAGACCCAAACGCGUCGAUGGCGGAACAGGAACAGGACCAGGUCCCGGCGCCCAGCAAAUCUGAUUGGCUCAGAAUGCGCCCCAAGAUCGAGCAACUGUAUGUUGGCGAGCGUCGAAGCCUGCGCACCAUCAUGCGCUCCAUGGAGAAGCUGGGCUUCAAGGCAACUGAACAGAUGUACAAGAAGCGCUUUUUCAAGUGGGGCUUCCAGAAAAAUAUCAGACGGAAGAAGCCAAGGGACGACUGCUGGAGCAAACCGGAAGGUUGCGACUCGGAAACUACCCUUGACGGAGAGCUUUGCUCAUCGAGCCACCAUGACACCACAGUCCUCUUAAUCCUAACCACCGUGCGCACAUGGAGCGUGGCCUUCUUUGAGUCGAUGCGGCUCGAUGGCCGCAAGGUGCCUGCCUACCUGCCCGAGUGUGCGAACCGAGUCAAGGACGUUAGCUUUGACUUCAAGCUGGUCAUCGACCUGCUGGACAGGCGCCGCGGGCACAUGGCCGGAAGGAUGGCUCGCCAUGCCUUCUUGUUCAUCGAGAACUUGCUAGUGCUCGAUGCACCCGCCCUGAUAUGGAACCUUCUCGAGAUGAUGCACACCCUGGUGACACUACGCCAGACGCAACUCUUUCACAUGUUGCUGGCCCAUCUCAUUGCGCUGGUCGAUGGCCGUAUGCCUGCCUCUCAUCCGCUCCCCGGAUUUCUGCGCGCUAUACGCCAGAUCGCCGAGAGCUCUGUCGGCGGUGCCCGAGAUGGCCGUGCCAACAGCGCAAUGCCACUCCAGUUUUUGCUACAGCGCGCAUGGGUCCUCAACGCCGAACUCGUCUUCGGCAAUUUCGAACCGCGCCUGCUGCCAUUAUAUUUUUCGCUACUGUGGGAUAGCUCGUCGAUCGGACCGCCGGAAAAUAUUGUUAGCUUUAUAGAUUAUUGUGGGAGCAAGAUCGAGGCGUUUUUGGCGGAUAUAUCGACUGCUGCAAUGGUGGCCGCGGUUGCCGACGAGGCCUUCGGUGUUGAUGGCGGUGACGACGGGAGUGCGGUGCUGGGGCGCUUGCUUGGACCACGGACCGAUGCGUCGCCACCGCGUGACUUUGCUAUGCUGCGCACCAGCAGCAUUGCCGCCCUGCGUAAGCACGGUGACUUGUAUCUUGCUGAUGGGGCCGGUUUUCCAAACGGGGCCGACACUUCUAACAUCCUGUCUAUGAUUGCUGCCCUGGUGAAAGCCAAGGUUAUAGACGGAUGGUCUGCGGCCAUGGAUGCCUUACCGAAUAAUGCCGCCGCCACCUCCAGCACUAAAACAACACCAGUCGUGUCACGCCUCCAGGCAGGCCACCUAGCCAGCGUGAUCAGGAGCCUCGUCAACCUGGACCUCAGCGGCGGCUUCCGCAGCAAGACCGACAUCGUAUCAGAACCCUCUUCUGGUGACGUCGUGGACAUGAUGCAGGCGGUUGUGGCGCUCCGUGAAUACUCACAGGGUGAAACGGAUCCGCAGCUUGUACGCGACCUAUGGCUACUUCAGGAUACCCUUGUCGCGGCCGGUGAAAAGGAUGAAGCCCGACUGGUUGGCCAGGACGCAUAUCGCCGCCUAGAGAAGUACCUGGAGGCUAUCCCUACCGACCAUGUUCAAUUCACUUGACAGGCUGAGCGGCCAAUUCAUCCUGGGCUACCCUGGAAGGGCACGUUUUGAGGUCAGACUUCGAGAAUAUCUGGUACUUGAACAGGCGUUGAUUCAAUCUCUCCUUAUUUCAUCCUAACACUGUACAGAAUAACACAUCCAUUAACGAAAUAGAAUCGGAGCGUUCCCUUUGUGUUACCUGGUCCACCUAAUAGGUAGUAUGCGGUGUAGUAGACUGUCUCAUAAUCAACUACCGUAUAUCUCAAGUUAC